UUCGUGCCUCCUGUGAUGACAUCUCAAAAACCUCCGAGGCUUUGCUGCUGCCGAGAGAUUGAAGCGACUGGCGAAGAACUCUCAACGGAGGGACAAAUAUAAGUGGACUUUCGCACAAUUUUGUAAAAGAAGCAAAACACAUUUCACCACUGUGCCAUGGAGUUUCCAGAUCUCGGUGAGCACUGCUCGGAAAAGUCCUGCAAACGUCUUGAUUUUCUUCCCAUGAGAUGCGACGCCUGUGAAGACAUUUUCUGCAAAGACCACAUAACUUAUGCAAAUCACAAGUGCACUUCGUCAUAUAAGAAGGAUGUCCAGGUUCCUGUAUGUCCAUUGUGCAACACCCCUAUUCCCAUUAAAAGAGGGGAAAUGCCAGACAUUAAAGUUGGGGAACACAUAGACAGAGACUGCAAAUCUGACCCUGCUCAAAGGAAACGAAAGAUCUUUACAAACAAAUGCUCCAAGGGGGGCUGUAAGCAGAAGGAAAUGAUAAGGGUGACCUGUGACCAGUGCCACUUGAACUACUGUCUCAAACACAGACAUCCACUCGACCAUGACUGUAAGACUGACAGCAAGCCAGUCUCCAAAUCAGGGCAUGCUGCUUUAAUGAGGGCUCAAGCCUCUUCUAGUCAUGCAUCAGCAUCGUCCACUAGAGGGAGCACUAGGACUGUGUCAAAUGGAUUGACUGGGACUGCCAGACCUCAGAGCAUUAGUGCACAAAGGACAAAUGCUGCAUCUCCACUGGUAUCCCCCAUGGCACAGAAUGUAAUGCCUCCAUCAGUGUCAUUUCAGGCUGGGCUGACAGAGGAGCAGGCCCUCCAGAGAGCAUUAGAAAUGUCACUGGCUGAAACUGCACGAGCAAGCCAGCCUACUCUAAGUCCUCAGGAACAAGAGGAUUUGGCCUUGGCUCAGGCUCUCGCUGCUAGUGAAGAAGAAUACCGACGGCUGCAGCAGAGACAACAGGUAGCAAGAAACCUUAGCAGUCAGUAGCAUGCUAUGCUAACAGGACCUCAUCUAGUCAGGGGUCUCCAAACAGUCCAGUUGCAGCCUGUCCUAAUGUGAGGUUGCACUGAUCAUCUUUAAUCUGCCUCGAUCUGCAUACAAGCACCAAUAAUGUACCAGUGAGCUGCACAUACUCAGUGUAUUCCUCAUUCCAGCAGAUGAAGCUUUUAAUUCCCAAAUCAACACACCUGAAGGCUGAUUUUGUUGUCCUUUUUCUGUUGCGCAUCACUCUUUAGUGUGCUUCUAAAUUUUGGCAAGUGGUGCUUUAUGUAAAUAUUUUAUAGUUAGCAUACUUAUCUGUCAAUGUAGAGGUCUUUUCAAAUAAAUUAUUUUAUAGUGUUUAUUUCACAAUGUGUGAUAAUGUUC